AUGUCUGAAGGAAUUUUUGAAAAAAAAUUUGCCAAAAUCUUUAACAAAUUUCACGAAGUUCAGAAUCAUUGCCUUGAUUUUAGAAAGAACUCUAUUCUUGAAAUGUUAAACCUUGCUUCAUUAAUCUACAAUGCAUCAGUAGACUACAAACUUCAAUAUGCUCAAAACGUAGAAAUUAUCAAAAAAUGGGAGAAUAAAUCACGUAAAGAGAAUAAUAGUGACGAUGAUAAUUCUCAAUCAACUCCAGAACAAGAACUGGAUUAUUGGAUGAAUCAACAAAUUAAAUGUGCGGAAAGUUUUUCAGAAAAAGCUGAAUUGAUUUCUAAAAAUUUCAAAGAUUUUAAAACUUUGAUGGAAUAUGAUUUGGAAAAAAUUUUAAAACCAUUCUGGAAUAAAAGAUCUGUAGAUCUUGAAUUGCGUAGGUCGAUAACAACGCAAUAUAAAAGUGAGGGCGAACUUGGAAAAAAUAAAAGGAAGCAAAAUAUGAAGAUGAUUAGACAAGGAGAAAUUAUUGCGGAUGCAUUCCAAUAUCGAUUAAACAAAACAGAAAUCAAAAUGACAUUAAAAGAAGAGAUCGAAACAUGGAUUAAAGCAAUAGAACCAGCCAUUGAAUCUGUAGACAAGAUAUCAGAAAGUUUAAAUAAUGUACAUAAUAUCGAGCAUCUGAUCAAAAGUGCUGGACUUGAUGAUGCAAUGAAAAGAUGGUCUGAAGUCGGAAAUGUAGGAGGGCUAUAUCGUGAAUUGUAA